AUGGGGCGAAUAACAGAGCGCAUGAUACGCAGCCGCGCCGAGCACAACGAGGGCCUGCUCGCAACGCUGGAGGAGGUGGCGCUGCACCAGCAGAACAUCGAGCGCAUCGAGCUGCUGGGCCGGCUGUGCCCCAAGCUGCGCAUACUGUACCUGCAGAACAACCUCAUCUCAAAGAUCGAAAACCUUCACAAGCUCAAGGACCUGCAUUACCUGAACCUGGCGGUCAACAACAUAACCAAGGUCCAGAACCUGCAGCGCUGCGAGUCGCUGUCCAAGCUGGACCUCACCGUGAACUUCAUACCCAAGGCCGGCCUGCUGAGCCUGCCCAGCCUGGCGGGGCUGCACGCCCUGCGGGAGCUGUUCCUGGUGGGGAACCCCUGCGCGGACUGGCCGGGGUACCGGGAGUAUGUGGUGGGGAGCCUGCCUCAGCUGACACGCCUGGACGGGCAGGACGUGCGGCCCUCAGAGCGCAUCGCCGCGCGCCAGGCCCUGCCGCAGCUGCAGGCCAGGCUGCACGACGAGCUGCGGGCGGAGGGCGCAGACCUCGAUGCGGCGGCGGCGUGCGAGGACGACGGCGGUGCAGACGCGGCGGCAGAUGGGGAGGUGGCGGAGACGGGUUAUGUGGACGAAAAUGGGGAGAUGCGGCGGCCGUGGUGCCCUGCGACACGCAUCCUGGAGCACCGGGAGGCGGAAAAGGCGGAGCGGGAGGCGCAGCAGAAGAAGGCCGCUGGGGCGGAGGACCCCUUUGCACCGCCGCCCGCGCCGCCCAGGCUUGAGGAUUUCCCUGCCCUGGCCGAGGGGGAGGUGCCGCGGCAGCGCAAUGAGGGCAAGUGGGAGUUCAGGAUGGACGAGAGCGAGGACGGCGCCGCCCUGCUGCUGGAGGUGCACGUGGGGCGCUACGUGGACACGUCCCUGGUCAAGGCGGACGUCCGGCCCACCUUUGUGCGGCUGCUGAUCAAGGGGCGCCUGCUGCAGCUCACCCUGCCAGAGGAGGGAGGGCACGGCAGGGCGUCGUGA